GCAAGGAAGAGUGGAGACGUCAGUGUAGAGGUGACCGUGGUGUCAGGUGGGAGCGCUCAGGACGGGGGGUAGCAGGAAUAUCAUGUUCCUUCUCCUGCUGCUGGUGUCUGCACUAUGUAGGGUUUUGGUUACAGCUGCAGGUUUCGACCAGCGGCUGCUACAACAACAACAACAACUACAACAACAACAGCAACAACUACAACAACACAGGGUCAAGAUGUACUCCUUGAAUCGAGGGCUCUGGACGCUACCAUCUACACAGACAUACCUCCUCUAUAAUUUCUCUCAGAGAGAUGACUCUCUAACUUCGUUCACUGCGUGCUACUGGAUAAGAGAAGAGCGGUUCAACAGCUUGUGUCCCCACUUGUCCUACGCCAUUACUGAUGAGGAGUCUAACUUUCUGCUGUUUGGCAACGACGCAGGCACGACCACAAACUACGUGCAUGGCACGGUGCAGGUCCACGCCUCGAGGGCCCACAGUUGGCACCCUGAGAAGUGGUACCACCUCUGUCACCUCGUCAACGACCUCGUUACCACCACCUACACACUCUUCCUCCAGGGCCACGUAUUUGCUGAAGGAGCUUUAGAGCAGCCGGGGAGCUUCACUCUGAACGGCACUCUCAUUAUUGGUCAGGAGCAGGACAAGCUCGCUGGAGGCUUUCACAGGGAACAAGUACUUCACGGAGACUUCGCUCAGCUCAACAUAUGGGACCGGGCGUUGUCUGCCAGCGAGGUGGGCGACCUGGCCACCUGUCGGACCUCUGGCAAGGGAAACGUCUUCAGUAUGGACGAAGCCAUCUGGGAGGUGUUCGGCGACGUCCAGGAGACACUCGUCGACUCUCAGUACUUCUGCAGGUCCUCUCAUCGCUACCAGGUGCUGCCUGAGGUGCGGACGUUUUCUCAAGUCCUCUCGUUGUGUCAAGUCUUCAAUUCCUCUCUUGCUGUCCCAGCUUCAGACGAAGACAACCACCUCCUGCAUGGCGAGCUGCAGCCGUUCCUUGAAGCCUGCCAGCCGGGAAGCCUCUACAAGUUCUACAUUGGCAUCACGGACCAAGCCGAGGAAGGAGUAUGGAUAAACGCCAACGAUCAGAGACUGAUAGAAUACAACAAUUUUAAAGCGUCGCAUCCUCGCGGAGGGAGAGUUCACAACUGCGCCCAUAUCUUCUCUGAUGGCUACUGGAGUGACACUGAUUGUACCACUAAGUUGUGUGGCAUUUGCCGCAUAGAGAGAUCAGAGUUUUUAUAUCUCCGAGGGAUGUGUUUUUCCAGCGAGCAAGAAAUGUAUUUUCACUUGGAUGGCUAUAUAAAUAACCGACCGUUGUUUCGCGGUUUUUUCAACUUGUUGCUCUUCUGGGAAGAGGGCGCUCGGCGCUGGAUACUACAAAGUAUAGAGACCAAUGCAACACUGGCGUGGUGGUCACCUCUAGACCGACAAGAAUACCCAGUCGGUCAACACUCAUGGUCGACGAAUGACCUGUGUGGGGCCCUGCCCGGCACCACCAUCGUGCUGAGCCUGUCCCCCUGCCCUCACCAUAUGUUCAUCUGCAAGUCUGGCUUCUGCCUCGAUCAGGUCCAUCGCUGUAACUUCCGCUACGACUGUCUUGACGGGAGUGACGAGGAUGACUGCGGUGUGGCGGUGUUGGACUCGAGUUACAAGCGACAUCUCCCACCUCGAGGACCUAAGGACUCCACGCUUCAACUAACUCCAGCUCUCACUCUUACGCGCAUCGCGGGGAUCGACGAUAUUAGAAUGGCCGUCGAUCUAGAGUUCAUGGUGAGCUCGACAUGGCGAGACGACAGACUCAAUUUCAACCACUUACACCCCAACACCAACACACUCAUCCCCGAGGAAGAAGUACAACAGAUUUGGACGCCGAAGUACCAAUUCGCAAACCUUGAGGGCGGACAAUAUAAGUUGCUGGACAAGACGGUUGUAGUGGCCUCUUCUCGCCUGCCUGGCUUACCAGACUUCAACUCCGCCAAGAGAGAUUUCAUAUAUCCCGGAGCAUCCAACGACAUCUCUGUUAACCACCAGUACACAGCAAGAUUCACUUGUGAAUUUGACCUCUACGUGUAUCCCUUUGACGUACAAAUCUGCAACAUUGACAUUCGCCUUCCCUGGACCUAUGACGGGAUUGUCCAGUUCAACGUUACAAAUGGAUCUGCGAACUACACCGGCCAUAGAUACUUGGCCCUCUACACAGUGAAGAACAUCAGGUUUGACCCAGAAUCAGGACCCAGCCGGCUUAACUUAAUAUUCGAGCUGCAUCGCCGUCAGGGUCUGGUCUUGCUCUCCACCUUCGUGCCGUCGGUAUUGCUGCUGCUGGUGAGCUGGGCGACGCUCUUCGUGAACCUGGAAGCGUUGAACGUGCGGGCCAUCAUGUCUCUCACGACACUCCUCGUCCUCUAUACCCUCUUCUCAAACUUGUCCAGCUCUAUGCCCAACACGGCCGCCAUCAAGCUCAUUGAUGUCUGGUUUUUCUUAAUUAUCUUACUCCUCUUCUUCAAUAUCAUGAUGCAUAUUUUUGUGGAAUUUCUAGUUAUUCGGGUUUUAAAAAGUGGCAAAAAAGCAGACAAGGGAAUUAAUGUGCUACUUAUGGAAAGGAAGUUCCAACAAGAGGAGAAGGUCACAGACAUUGCUGAAAGAAUUAAAAUGCCAUUAACCGAAAGGGCGUUCGAGAGAGAGGUAACUCCAAUAGAGAGAGUCGAGAGAAUUAAAAUAUUACCUACAGAAAAUGCGUUCGAACAAGCGAAGCUUCCUUCAAACAGAACCGAAAGAAUUAACGUAUCACCUGCGAAAAAGGCAUUUGAACAUAAGGAAGACACCAGGGACAUGGCAGAGAGAUUUAAGGUGUCACCUGCGGAAACAGCGCUCGAACAAGAGGAUAUUCCAACCUUCAAAAUUAAAAGAAUUAACAUGUCAGCUAAAGAAAACGUACUGGAACAGGAGACUCCCACAGCUAAAAUUGAAAGAAUUCUCAGCUAUUACAGAACAUAUGUUUUCCUGCCUGCUUUUGCCACAGCUACAGUUGUUUUAGGGUUAAUGAUUUUCCUAAUAUAGUUUUCUUAACCGUCAAGGUAAAUAUUUUGUCCAGAUAAUUAAGUACUUUGCCUUAUUGUGAAAAAAAGUAUAAGAGAUAUAAUCUCUGACUUCAUAUGACUGUUUUAAGAUGCAUGUUAUUGAAUAGUUUAUAUUUGUUCUUGAAUUUGUUAAGGCACACACACUGCUUAAAAGUAAAUGUAAAUGUCCA